CUCCGAGGCUUGAGGACAGGGUGCCGGCCGGCUCGGUGGCCGUGGCUGUGUCUCAGGGGCUCCCCCGGGGUCCUCCCCGAGCUGGCCCCCUGCGGACCGCCCGGGCCCGCCCUCCGGCCCCCUCGGUGCCCAGCAGGUGGCAUCUCCACAGGACGCCGAGAUGGAGAUUCCCACGGGGACCCAGGGCCACUUCUCACAGGGCCUCCUGCUCUCAGCCUCAGUCCUGGCCCUCUGGGCCCCCCAAGGCUCCUGGGCGGCCCUCCGCAUCCAGACGAUUCCAGAGCGACCUCAAAAGAACCAGGACGUGCUCCUGUCUGUCCAGGGCAUCCCAGACACCUUCCAAGACUUCAUCUGGUACCGGGGGAAGGAGACAGAUGGUGGCACAAGGCUGUUCACCUACAUCCCUGAUAUACCGCGGCCCCAGAGAGAUGGCAGCGCCAUGGAGCAGCGCGACAUCGUUGGCUUCCCCAACGGCUCCAUGCUGCUGCGGGACGCCCAGCCCAGAGACAGCGGCACCUACCACGUGGAGGUCCACAUCAACCCUUCGUGGACCAUGCGGGCCAAGACCGAGGUCCAGGUGCCCGAAUAUCCUUGGAUGAGGAUUGACCAAAAUAAAGAAAGAACAAACGGCCCCCGGGCCUCUUCCCGAGACGAGGGUCCAAUGGUGUGGGGGGCCGUGGGGGGGACACUGCUGGUGCUGCUGCUUCUGGCUGGGGGGGCCUUGGCCUUCAUCCUGCUGAGGGUGAGGAGGAGGAGGAAGAGCCCUGGAGCCGCGGGAGGAGGACCAGAGAGCGGCCAGGGAUCCUAUGACCCGAAAACUCAAGUGUUUGAGAACGGAGGCCCCGUCUUCUGGACCACAACGGCCCCUGGUCCCCCGAGGCCGGACGGCAAGGACGCGGAGGAGGACUACGAGGAAGAGGAGGAGAAGGCAGAGAAAGGCCUCAUGCUGCCGCCAUCCCCGGCACUCGAGGAUGACAUGGAGUCCCAGCUGGACGGCUCCCUCAUCUCCCGGCGGGCGGUUUAUGUGUGA